AAAUGCUCCAAUCUAUACAACACGCAAUCACGAAACAUCAACAGCAACAUCAAAUUCUACCAUCACAAAAAUGCCGCUCCAACCUCCUCCGAUUGAUAAGUUGUUUAUAACAGCAGAGGAAGCAUUUCAAGCUCUUCAAGAUCAUGCGCGAGAGGAAGGGUAUGCGCUUGUGAGAGCACGCGCGACUUCAUAUCAAAAUAACUUACCGCGUCGUUAUGAUAUCUCGUGUGUAUGUGGGAAUGGCGAAUACAAGCCAAAGGCGGCUGGGAUACGCAAAUCGAAGACAAAACGAACAGGCUGCCCGUUCAAGAUGAAGAUUGUGCAAAGAAAGGAUUCAGGCGAUCGUUGGAAGGCAGGAAUCCUCUGUGGAGAGCAUAACCACGCCUCUGGCCUCGCGGUUAAUUUUCCUGAACACCGGCGCGCUGCCCUGACCAAGGAACAAAGAAACAACAUUGAGGUGCUCCUAGAGAAUACAAGUCUCACAGCAAGGGCGAUCAACGAGAUUAUGAAGAAACGACAUCCUACUAUUCUUCUCACCGAGAAAGAUAUCUGGAAUAUACGGCAAAAAGCCUUGAAAAAGAAAAGGUGGAUAGGUGCAGCAGACCUAGAUACAGAGGUAGCGGAAGCGCUCAAGAAAGCAGGAGUUUUAUAGCUCGAAAGCCAUAGCUACAACUCGAGUCGCAAUUCAUACACUGUGGAACUUGCUACUGGACAUUGUGGCGCCAGCAAUCAUGCACCUACUUCUC